UGGCUGACGCAGCGACAUCCGAAACGGAAACCCGAUCGAAGGUGACGGCGAUCGCAAGUUCAACCUGCCAGCCGCCUCUCGCCAUAUAUAAUCCGCCCAGGUUCGACUUUCCCCCCUCAUCCAACUUGAACUUGAACCACCACUGUCCACUGCGUAUUGCACAUGCUCCCCAUUCUCAUCUUGCUUGGUGGCGCGCUGGCCCUCAUCGGCGUGCUGCCCAGCCUCCCCCCGACGUUCAACGUCGGGCUGAUCCCCAGUACACUCCUCCUGACGCCGGCCGUCAUGGAGGACUUCCUGCUGUACUUGCCCUCUAGUGGCACCACGGAUGACGAGGUGCGCAACAUCGUCAACCUCAAUUCGACCGAGAAGGCUGUCGUCGAUGUCGCCACCGCCGACGACGAUAGCGACGACGGCCUCCACACGGUGACCGAGUACGAGAUGCUCUUCAUCCUCGUCGCGGUCUCCAUCUACUGCGUACCCGCCAUCCUGCUCUACGGCGUGCCUCCCGUUUUCGCAGUCAUCAGUCGCCUUCCUAUCAUCGACAUUCUCGUGGACGACAUCCGCAGCGAAUUCGCCAAUCCCCGACUCUACAUGAUCAAGCUCAUGUACGUUCUGGCGGGGCUGUACCUCGCCGAGGAGGCACUGCUAGGACCUCUCUUCGGUGAUCCAUUCGUGCGCAUCCGCUGGCUGAUGGAGCACGGGUGGAUCGACACGAUGUUCCUGGCACAGGACUUCAUGGUCUUGUACCUGUGGGCAUGGUGGAAGCUGGUGGUCCCGACAGAGCGGGCGCGGGCUUUGGACGAGAUGGGCUUGAUCAAGGUUCCCAUCUUUGAGGAGUGGGUUCUGCAUAAGACGGAUAUCGGAGCGCACAGACGGUGCUCGGAGACAGGCGGUCUCUCUGGUCCCUGGGCACGCAAGGUCCUGAAGUCGUUUGACAAGGCAUACGACGUGCUUCUGUAUGACGACAAGGGCAUUGCGGCAGUCUUCGUGAAGCCGGAGACGACCGUGCUGUUCGGCGACCUUGACUGAGCGGCAGGCGUCCUACGUCGCAACAUCAUCGAUACCGCCGUCAGGUGCUAUUUCAACGACGACGACAUCGAAGGCCCGCCAUUGUCGUGCGCAUCUACACGAUGGUACGACACGCCGCAGCGUUGCCGUACAUGAAUCCUCCCAUCGGAUUGGCAUCUCUCGUCGAAUGGCUUGCUUAGGUUGUACGUCGAGCAUGUGUGGCGUGUGCAUCGCAACGUACUUUUCCACCAAUUUGAGCAAUGAACAUCGUCGCCAUACA